AUGAGGGGCGGCGGCGGCGGGAUGAUGGACGACGGCGGGGUUGAGCACGCGCAGAUCCCGAACAGCUUCGGCCACGAGCUCCGCGCAUGCCUCCGCUGCCGCCUCGUCAAGACCUACGACCAGUUCAGGGAGAAUGGCUGCGAGAAUUGCCCCUUCCUGGACAUGGACAAAGAUCGCGACAACGUGGUCAGCUGCACCACCGCCAACUUCACUGGCCCAGUGCUUCCUCUUUCUGAAUUUAUUGCACAAAUUUUGGCUUGCAGAAUAAUAUCGCUGAUGGAUCCCAAUAGGAGUUGGGCUGCUCGUUGGUUGAGAAUUGGGAGGUUCAUUCCAGGGUGCUAUACUCUGGCUGUCUCAGAGGAACUUCCAGAGGAGUAUCAGGGGAUGUGCCAAGACAACAACGUGCAGUAUUUCCCUCCGAAGCGCCCCUGA